AUGGAGCGAGGCGACCGCGUCUCGGAGAAGGACGCGCUGGCGGCGUAUGCUCGCCAGCUCCAGCGCCGCCUCGUGGUCUUGCGCGCGCACCGAUCGAUGCUUCUCUCGUGGGCUGACGUCGCCCGCGCGCUCCAGGACGAGAUGCUUGAGGCGGUUCGCGAUCACCGUUCGCUGCGCCAGCAACUCGAGACGCAUGUCCUCCUCGUGAGCGUCCUCAAGCGCUGGGUGUACGCGACUGCGCCCGCGCCGACGCCGUCGCACCAACCGAGCUGGUCCGAAUCCUAUUUGUUUCACGGACCACAUAGUACCCGGCGCAUUGGCUACAAGUGGCUUGCCGACCAGCUCUACCACUGCGUCAGCAAUGUCUUAAGCCACUCGGAAUCGCCCGAGCCCUCCGCGCGGUACCAAGUGAGCUGCGAGAAAACCCUUUUCCAGAUCCAAGGCGUGUGCACGCGCACACUGGACUGCGACCUCGCGACCGCGUCGACCGCCUAUUGGAUCGCCGAGCGAUCGUUCGCCCACUGCCAGCAGUCGGGCUCGUUUGUACUGGACGACUGGAUAGUAUGUGAUGACGAGAACGACGUGGUGUACGCGCGCGAGGACGUCGGGCGCGACCACCAAACCAUUUUAGGCCACAGCGUGUAUGGCCGGUACUGCGCAUCCAAUCAGUCGGUCAUUGUCGUGCGCUCUCUCUUGCACGAUGAAAUGUACCCGCUGGACCCCGACCAGUGGAGCGUCGACAGUAAACAAUGGAACGUCCUCGAGCCUUUAAAUGGCGGCACGCGCGUCCGAAGCGUCUAUGUGAUGGGCCACCCCGCGACGACCCGCGGCUUUGUGCGGCUGCAAGACUUUGUGAAAUGGACCAACCUACCAGCGGCGUGCGAGAAGGCCGUGCUUUUGCAGCGGCUACAACAUCGGUUUUAUAUGCGGCAAGGCUACCUGCGAGCGAUUUUUGACGCCCAUUUGCAGUUCGUUUUGGAGGCGGUCAUCGCGCGCAAUCGCCUCGAGCAGCAACUGCAGAGCUGA